CUCUCACUCCUCUUUUCUCGUUCGUCCCCAUUGACCAAUUUCUACUAAUCCUCUCAUUCAAUCCUCAUUGCCAUCAACACGAAUCAUGAAAUACACAAAAACUUCCGUAGCUCUCGCCGUUAUCGGUUUGAGCAGUAGGGUAUUGGCUCAAUACACCGCCACAUACUACCCUGGCAGUGAACCUGACGAGACACAAGAGGGUCAAUACGGUACCAACCAAUGUGGAACGACAGCCAGUCAAACGUCGAAAUGUCAAAACGCAUUCAUCAACUCUGCCGACGAUUUUUGUCUCUGGGGACCACCCGACAGCACAUCACCCCUCGGAGACGGAACCAACAAGAUUGGUAAUGUUGAGGAGAUCGUUGUUAGUUAUUGCUUGAAGGACGGUUAUGGCACUCGAAUCAUUCCUUCUGGUACCCUCACCGGUGCUCACUUCGUUAAAGUGGUCAAUGAUCAAGUCUCUUAUGUGCAAGUCACCGGUCAAGGGGACAUGACAAAAAUGGGUUUGUAUCCGGGGGAUGAUGGUGGUGAAUUGGACCCGCAUUCUUGGACCGGUCUAGGUAACCCACAAGGUGGUGUGGUCUUCACAAAUGCCUUCACCGGGAAUUACGAGCAAACCCACGAAUGGACAUCUUUCAUAUCCCCCGUCGAUUUUUGUUUCAGAGCCUGUCGUGAUGGACCCAAUGCUGCUGGAUGGUGCGAACAUAUCUAUGAUACCUUGGGAUGUUCAUUCACUAUUCCCGGUGAUAUGGGUAGCGGUUUCGAUAAUUGUGACUCAGAUCCUGCUCUCCAACCCGGUGUCUACGAUGGAGCCACCUUCAAUCAAGGUGACCCUACCACCCCAGCCCCUCAUCCGGCAGCAGCGACCUAUCAAUGUACCCCGUUCGCCUCCGUCGGUGGAGGUACCGCCAACUUAGCCGCAACACCUUCUUCAAGUGCAUCAGCUUCAGGAAGCUCGGGUAGCGGAAGCAUGGUCUCAAGUACAUCCAUGAGCAUGUCAUCGGCCUCUUCGAUGUCAAGCAGCAUGAGUAACAGUUCGAGUUCAGCGUCGAUCACAAGCCGAGCUUCGUCAAUGACUACCAUGAGAAGUACGACGAGUAGUCGAGCUUCGACCUCAAGUACUAGUGCAAGCGCAAGUUCGACCGCAGGCUCCGCCUCGGUCAACGUUGGGGUUUCCGGUUUGACAUGGUUGGUCGCAGGAGUGAUUGGAGGUGCCGCGGCUAUGAUAUAAAAGGGGGUUUCCAUUCGAUGAUCCACGGGAGAGAGUUAUGAUUCGCAUGAUUUCUGCAUAUGAGGACACUUUAUGGACAUUUAAAUAUUGUUUCUGUCUAGGUCGAGAUGUAUGGACACUGCAUCUUC